AUGCGUUAUAUCGCCGCCGGAGCAUCCGUACUCGAUUCCUCUCCGUCUCUACUGUUUCACUGCCGUAUCAGCCGCCGUAAACUCGGAGCUGUUGGCCGGAGAUUGGUUAUGACUUCCGUGAAUUUGCGUUCUCAGUUGAGGGAAUCCGAUGGUUGUGAUGGCGGAUUCAUCUCGGUGGAUGAGUGGCGGAGAUGGGGUCCGGUGUCACCACUCCCAGCCGCGGUCAAACAGAUUGUGGAUGAUUUGAAAGUUCUGGAGUGCAAAUUGGAUUCGCCUAUAGAGUUUGGUGGAAAUGGUGGCAAGUUACAGGGGCCGUUUGGUGCAUAUGAAGAUAAGAAACACAGGGCUACAUAUCAAGCAUUAGAUGACCCGGAGAAAAAGUUCCGGUUUUUCUCUGCUCGACAAAUUGCUUGCCGGCUGCUUGGGAGCAGGGGUUAUUUAUGCCCAAAGUGUUGGCUUGCUAUGGAGGAUUGCAUGUGUUCAUAUGUCAAGCCAUGUGGUUUAUGGAAACAGAUACGUUUUUGGCUGUAUAUGCAUCCUAGGGAUUUUCUUCGCCAGAACAACACGGGAAAGUUAUUGUGGCAGAUAUUUGGCGUACAAUCCGCUACACUCUGUCUCUUUGGAAUAGCUGAAGACGAAGAGAUCAUGUGGAAUGAAUUUAAGCGUGCAGGGAAAAACCAAGUCCGAUGCCUCUAUCCCAACCAGAACUCGGAAAUUACUUUCUCGGUUAAAGACACUUUUGGUAGUUCGGCUUCAGAGAAUCCUGGAUCAUCCAUGACAGAUGAGGAGAAAACUCUGCAUUUUAUUUUGCUUGAUGGCACGUGGAACAAUUCUGCUGCAAUGCUCAAGCGUUUGAAGGAUCACGCAAAGUCAGUAUGGGGAGACGAAAAUCUUCCUUGUAUAUCUCUUGCAGCUGGUGCAUCCGCAAUGCACAAACUCCGGCCACAACCAUCAUGGGACCGGACCUGCACUGCAGCAGCAGCAAUUGGACUCCUAUCCGAGCUUAGCCUUCUCCCACAGCUAAGCAGCUACGAGUUAGACAAACAAGCUGAUGCUGUCGAGGAAGCUUUGGUCAUAUUACUGGACUCACUAACAGGACGUCGCUUAAGAAUGGGCAGGUCCAUAACUCGUAAAGGCAGAAACACCAUCAGCAUUUGCUAACAACAGAAAUAGUCGGGACAUUUAACGGAUUUAUGGUGAAGAUUUUUACUACCUUAGAUACAAAGAUCAAUUCUUAGGUUGAGUGAGUUCUAAUGGUUGUAGCAAACACAGAAGUUUUGUAAUAACCUUUUUGAAUCAAUUUCUGUAAUCGGGAUCACUAAAACAAAACCCAGAGGGUACACGUAUGUUAGGAUAUUCUAAUAAAGAAUAUUAGCUUGAAAAA